UUAUAUUCGCGGCUGAUUGUUGUUUGGGGUCCACCGAUAAAACAAAAAUUAAUGGUUUUUUUUAAACUGUCAUUUUGUGUUUUAGUUUUAGUCGAUUUUAUCUCGACAAACUUAGCCUGUAUGUGAAGGAAGUUUUGGGUUACAUAAUAACAAACGUCAUGGGGCCUAAAAAAAAGGAAAGAGACACAGAUCACUCGUCGUCAUCCAAAGGAGGAACCACCACUAAUAACGGUCGGGUUGCCGAUUCCGUUCAAGCAGAUCAUGAACUAUUUCUUCAAGCUUUUGAAAAGCCCACUCAGAUCUAUAGGUAUCUUCGCACACGUCACUUUCUAUCGCCCAUCUUCCUUCAUCGUACCCUGAGCUACAUGAAUGGAAGGUGCACCAGAAACCACCAAAACAGGAAAACUUGUAAACUGGUGAAUUUGCUAGACAGCAAACUUCAAAAGAAUUCCCAGAAUGAUGUAAAUACUCGUUCAAAGUACAUGACAUUGACUUUCCUUGGAUUUUAUGAUCCUCAAGUAAACGGAUGUCGCGAGCCAGUGAAGGUUGAAACCCUGCUUUUACAAAUAGGACAUAAAAAACGAAAAGAUGUGUCCUCGCCAAUUAUGCAAAUAAGUGUUGGCACCACGGAAGUUUGUAUAAAUCCCAGUGAAGAGUCUCCCCCUCCCAAAGCUCCAACGGUCUCCAUCUCAACCGAGGAUCUUAGUUUUCGCAAUGGCCAACAGGGCAAUUCAUACGUAUUGCUAUUGCGUGUUUCUGCGCCAAUAAUAUCCGAAAGCGAACCACAGCCUAAACGCCGUCGUCUCAGUGAUGCAUCACUAACUACCGGAAUGAUGGAAGAAACAACUCGGCUUUUUGGUGCUGAACUGGUCGUAUACGAUCGCCAUUCUCGUUGUCUUUUGAUUGACGGCGACUAUGAACUUGCAAUGAAAGAGAUAACUUCACCAGAACCAAAUGGGACGUCCCCCGGUGGCUCAGACAAAUCCAUGCGAUUGGCUAACGCCUCUUGGAGCACUGUAGAUUCCUCUCAUACCGCUCCUCCAUUAAAUAUUUUAAUUCAUGGCCCGAUGCUUAAAUUCCGUUUGGAAUGGGCAAAUGAUCCUAUUUCAGCGCUUGUUGACCGACCGAAGCCGUACGUUGCGUCGGCCUCUACACAGACCACUGACAAGAGUAGCAGCAGCACGAGUAGUAGUAGUAGCAGCGUGGAAAAGAGUCAAAUUAACAGUGUAGAUGAACCGACUGUCGUACGCUACCAGUUCUUGUAUAACGCAAGUAGGCGACAGCAGACGGAAACCAGGAGUGACUUUCGCUGCCCGUGGUGCUCGCUACAUUGCCUACAACUACCAGCCCUUCUAAAACACUUGAGAUUGUGUCACUCGAGAUUUAAUUUUAGUCAUGUUGGGACGGAAAAGGGUCAUGUUAGAAUUGACAUCAGUGUGAAUGAGGCCUACGAUGGAUCCUAUUCAGGCAACCCACACGAUCUCAUAGCUCAACCUUUAGCUUUCGGGGCAUCUUCGGGUGGUGCUGCUUUCGGCCGGCAAGGUCCAACUCGGAGAACUCCGAUCACUGCCACAUUGGUUUGGCGACCACGCCGUAUGCGGGCAUCCGGCCACGAUCCACUGCAAGCGGAAGGUGAUGACGGCUAUGAAGUAUGUGAAACUCAGCGACCUUUUAUUACUGGACAUAACAGAUUGUAUCACCACACGUCAACAUGCCUCCCAAUACAAGCUAAAGAGCUGGAUGUGGAUAGUGAAAACGAAACAGAUCCGGAAUGGCUACGAGCCAAAACCUGCAUGAUGAUCGAUGAGUUUACCGAUGUGAAUGAAGGAGAAAAAGAACUUAUGAAACUGUGGAACCUCCAUGUCCUUAAACACAAUUACGUUGGAGACUGCCAGAUGGGUGUGGCUUUGCAAAUGUUCCUAGAUGCGCAUGGCCAGGAAUUACUAAAAAGAAAUUUGUAUCGAAAUUUUAUACUUCAUCUCUCCAACUUGUAUGAUUUUGGAAUAAUUGCACCUGCAACGGUGCUUAGAACGAUCACUUCUCUCCAACUUAUUCUACAGCGAAGUCCUGAGCAUCAGGAAAUUUUAAAGCAAGCUUGGCUAGGCCAAGUGUUUAGCAAACAAGAAGUAACCACCGCUACUUCUACCUAGCUGGUUAGUUUCCAGAAUAUGGAUUGCCAAUUAUUUUUUCUCGCAUUGGGUCAUGUUUAUGAAGUUAACGAUUUUUUUUCUUGCAAUUGAUCAUGUAUCGGUCGCGCUCAUUAUGUAUUUCUCUCAUUUAUCGUACAUCCGCUAUUAGUCUUCAUUUUUUGGAAAUACAGAUGAUUUUGAAUUAA